UCUGCAAAUGGUGAAUUCGGAAAGUUGUGAUUCGAUUACCUUCUUCAUGAGUAAUUAAGACAGGAAAGAACAAAGACUUGUUUGAAGACACUUUGACCUGACAACAAAUGGUGUACACAGCAAACUGUUCGGGGCACACACCUCUAUUUGCACUGCAUUUCCCAACUGUGAUAGCAAACAAGCCUCCUCUUAUCCUGGGUGUUGUACUGAGAUAUGACUCACCUAGAGAAACGCUUGCACAGGAGUGCGUCACACUCUGUGUUUAAGUGUGGACUGGAGUGAAGAUUAUCCCGGCAGUUACUGCAGAAGGAGCAUCCGCCAACUGUACCAUUUUUGUGAGUUCCACCAUUGUUGAGGAAAAUGCCUGGGAUUGUGAAUUAUAAAUCAGUGACAGGUCCAGUAGGAAUUGUAAGAUUCUUCGAAAUCUUUCUCUCAUGUACAGCUUUCAGCCUGGUCGCCCAUGUGAGGCAAUACAGCGGAUCUUAUGGAGGUUGGUGCAUGUUUUCCUGGUGCUUCUCAUUCACUGUCUCAGUUCUGAUUGUCUUGCUGGAGCUGACAGCCCUGAACUCGAGGAUUCCGAUAUCCUGGGAUGACUUCACAGCUUCCUUUGCAAUGCUUGCUACACUGAUGAACUUAACAGCCUCGAUUAUCUACCCAACCAUUUUCCUCACACCCAACAUUCAGACCGGCGAAGACUUUAAAAUAGCUGCCACUGUCAUGAGUUGCUUGUGCUUUGUUGCUUAUGCGAUCGAAGUUGGCCUCACCCGGGCAAGACCUGGUGAAAUCAAUGGAUUUUUAAAGACUGUUCCUGGACUCCUGAAAGUGUUGGAAGCUUUCAUUGCCUGUAUUAUCUUUGUGAUUAUAGAGGGCUCAUAUCACGUCAAUGCCGGGCGGCAGUGGUGCAUGGCUGUGUAUUGCAUAUGCUUCAUCAUCACCUUUUCUAUUAUCAUUCUAACCAUAGCAAAACUCAUUACAAGGCUACCCUUUCCAGUUGAGAGAUUUUUGACAGCCUAUAACAUAAUGGCUGUAUUAAUGUACCUUACUGCAACAAUCAUCUGGCCAGUCUUUUGUUUCAGUGAACACUAUGGCCAGCCAACCAGAUCAUCCUACUGUGGCAAAAGCCACUGCAAAUGGGACAAUCAGGUCAUAGUAACUGUGUUAACCUUUGCAAAUCUUAUUGUAUACAUUGUGGAUCUGGUUUAUUCUGCCAGGUUAGUGUUUGUUUCUCAAGCAUAGAUACUUCCAAAACCACAUCCAUUGGUAUUGGUGAAAGAUAGCCCCGAUUACUAUUCUGAAUGUGUGUAAAUACAUUGCAUCUUUCCAUUCUGCAAGCUACCUAUCAUUCUGAUUAUUGAAAUCAUAGCUCACAAAAGGAAAUUUGCUUCCCUGUUUCCUCGGUUGUCCUCAAUGCGUUUAAACAAUAAACAGGGAAGCUACACAAAGUGGGAAGAUCCCAAAUAUGAUCUGCCUGUUUGUGGCUGACCAAUAGGAACACUAGUGUCCACUUUGGCUAUCUUUGCAAUUCAGUGAUACUAACUGUAGGUGAAUGUAUAGAUAGGCACAAGUUAAGGACUGAAAUUCAGAUUGGCAGCAAUCCCAGCAACACUGAGUCACACACAACCUUUAACAGCUCAGAUUCCCACCAGAUAUUUAUCGCUGGAACACUUUUGUGCCACUAUAUUCCAAACAGCAGUCAGUAGAGCCAGGGUGAAGACAACAUUAAGAAUAUUGAUUUGACGCUGUCUCCAUUUUGCUGCUUAAAUGUUUGCUGCUUUUCAAUGUUGGAAUAUUUUUAGAAACAAGUCACCAGGGUUAGAUUACUCACAAAGCAGACUCCUGUAUGGAUGUUAGAUGAGUUCCAAGUUGCCCCUACUCAGAGUCUUGUAGCACAUCACUGAGGCAGGUCAUCGGAGUGCAGCGGUAGUGUUCCUACCUUUUGGCUAGCGGGCCCAAGUUCAAGUCCCACCUGCUCCAGAGGUGUGUCACAACAUCCCUAAAUUGCUUUUAAAAAUAACAUAGAAAUACUCUUAAUGAAUUCUUGAAGUAUUUGUUUAUGGCAGGUUUAAUAUAAAAUGAAGGUGUGAUACUUCUGGAAAAGAUCCUUUGUUGUUGUACCCUAAUGCUAAUCUUGUGACCGUUUGGAAAGAAAAUUGAACAAAUUGUAAUUUAUUUUCAUCAACAAAGAAUCUGCAGCAGAGGCACAGGCCCAGCCAGUCUGUGCCUGUUAUGUUAUGCAAAAGCAUCCUUGCGCUCUAAUAAAUGUUUCCUCAAUCUAAUUAGCUCCUUCCCACCGUGCAUUCAUAUUACUGCAUUCCAUUUUCCCCACAUGUAUGCAACAAACCUGCCCUUCAAUGUAUGAAUGCUCCCAGAGUCCUGUAUGGCAAUGUGUUUCGCAUUCUUGCCAUAUCUAAAUCCUAUGGUUUUUUUAGGUAUCUAUGUGAUCAGUGAGGAUCUGAUGAAACUCUUGUUCUGGCACAAACCUGAAGCGGUAACAAUUUUCCCAAAUCAACCCCAUCAAAAUCCUACUUAAAGGGUUCUCUUAUUCUUCCUGGUUUGCAGAGAAAUGAACUCUUGCCUGUUCAACAUUCCCAGAUAGUCACACUGUUGCAAUUCAGAUAUCACCUUCAUCAAUCUUAUUUGCAUUUUCUCUCACCUUUCCAUAUCCAUUUUACAUAGUAGAUAUCGGAACUGGGCACAGUAUUCCAAAUGUCAUCUAACCAAGGUUCUGUGCAAACUUAGUGUACUAUAUAGUGUUUGUAUUGCAUUGUUUUAUAAAGGAAGUCUGGUAUUUUGUUUGACUCCUGUUUCUAAUUCUGCAAUUCACCCGUUAAUAUUCCCAGAGCUCUUUAUUCCUCUAUUCCAUUUCAUUACUCGUAGGCUAAGGAAUAAACUCCCUCAUUCUACCGAACAAAAUCAAGUGCUUCCCAGUUUGACAAAUUGAAUUUUACGAUCCUUGUACUCAACUAAUUAUGCAGCAGUCUUGCAAAUUAUUGCCUGAUCCCCAAGUAUCAUCUACAACUUUUGGCGCUGUAAUUCAAAUUUCCAAAUCAACAUGAUUUAUGUAUGUGACAUUUAACAACCAUUUCACAGCAAGUGUUCCUGUUAGGUGAGUUGGCUAGAUAGUUAGCUCUUAAUGUCUAACAGCAAGAGUUCAAUUCCUGCAUUGACUGAGGUUACCAUGAAGAACUCUCCUUCUUCCCUGAGACAUGGUGACCCUCUAGUUAAACCACCAUCAGUUGUCUCUCUCUAAUGUAAGAGCAGGCCUAUGGAAGUAUCUAUUUAUUCUUACCCUUGCGUGACGUUUUCCCAGCAUUUCUCGACUGAGUCAGUACCAGGCCUAUGAAUCCACACGCACUGAUCUUUAUUACACAUGUGGCACCUUCUUGAAAGUCUUCUAAAAAUGCUCGCUUUUACUUUUAGCUUUUCAAAGAAUUCAAUAAGAAUGGUUAAACGUGGCCUUCCUUUUAGAAAUCUGUGUCGACUACAUUUUUGACUGUAUUCCCAGUCUAGCUGUUAUUUGAUCAUAUUGGAAAAAGACUUUUGAAUGUUUCCCUACCACUCCCUGGGUUGGUUCUCUCCCUCUUUGUGACAAUGAGAAUUACAUUGUGUUGCCCAUGUCCUCUGGCACAAUUGGUGUUUCUAUUGCAUUUUCACAUGAAAUAUUAGUAUCCUUUCCAGCCUCUAUUGAGAAAUCAUGAGGGAAAUCCACAGCACCCAAGGUCUUAAAUCCAUUAUAGUUGAUUAGUGUCUCUGUCCUUUCAAUUUUAACUGUUUUAAUAAUCCUCUUAAAUUAUUCUACUCUUGACAUUUCUCUGGCAGUUCCUUCAGUGUGAACUGCAGCAAUGUAUUGCUUCAGUAUAUGUACCAUUUCUCUGGUGAGUUUAUCUUGCAAUUUUACUUUUUACUACUCCUAUGUGUGUUUAAUUCUCCUUCAUUUACAUGUGUUGAAAAAAUAAUUCACAAUUUCAUUCUACAUUAUUUGAUAGCUUCAUUUUGUGUUAGUCGAAGUCUCUUCAAUACCUCGUUCCUAAGUGUAUUAUUAUUCCGUCAUUGUCCAUUAUUUUAUCCAAGUUCUUUACUUUAGAUUCAAUCAGCCCUGAUCUCUUUACUUAUUCAUGGGAUCUCUUGGCUAUUUGUUCUAAUUUUGCAUGGAAUAUAUUAUGUCUGAACUAUAUCAAUUUUUCUGCAAAUCCUUCUUUUUACACCAGAGAAAAUUUCAUUUUAACAUUUAGUUAGUGGAUUAUGGUGAAAUUUAAUGUGAAUCUGAGGGUGGAUGUUAUUUUAUGACAUCAAGAACAGGUUCACUUUUGCAAAUGUUAAUGGCAGAAAAUGUAUACUUAAAGGAGUAUAACAAUGUUCAUUUGAAAUAGCAGAAAUGAUUUGUGAAAAUAUCAGAUUAUUUUCUGAAAAAUGCAUACUUCUUUACAACAAAAAUAAAUGUAUGACGAGCCAUUUUAAUGCAAAUCCUUGCUCGUUACAGUGUAAUACAAAUAUCGGUUGUUAGAUGUUAAGCCACAUUUUGCGUCCAGGUUCUGGGAUUAUUUUUGUAUUGCAUUCAUUGUAGAUGCUGGAGAUGUUGUAAAUGAAGUGUAAAGGGAAAUGAAUUAAAGACAUUUUACAUUUUCUACAUAAAUAAAUAGCAAGAGUUUUGUUCACGAUUCAUUUUUCACUGUUACUAUUGAUUAUAUCCAGUGGAAAGGAAAAUCCUGAGAGCCAAGCAAAAAAUGAAGAACUUACCAGAGACAGCAUCCCAUUUGUGAACUCACAUUCUGACAUUCGUGUUGGAGUAUCCAUUGCCAUGCUUGAUUAGAUUCCCUACAAUGUGGAGGCAGACCCUUAGGCCCAACAUGUCCACACCAGCCCUCCGAAAGUAG